UUUGACCCCAUUAUUACCAGGACAACGAAAAAGGAGAGACCUUGUUUACAGUUUUGCAGCACCAAAUUCUAGGGCUCUUCUCCUCCUCCCUCACUCUACAUUUGCAUGGAAUCAGAGAGAGCCGAGAGGAAGAGGCCGCUUCGUCUUGACUUGGACAAACUCUUGGGCGACGAUGACGAUUUUGACCCCCCUGAGGUAAUCAGAGUUAAGAAGACCACGCCCAUCACCAUCAUCGCCGACGAGCCGCCGAAACAGGCGGAGAUGAGCGGCGGCGAUGAGGAGUUUGCGACGUUGAGCGAUAAGGACAUCGAUGAAGCGAUUCGGCGGCUGAGAGAAAAUGACAAGCGGUUGAGUCACAGCUUGCCGGACAAAGGCGAGAAGCUUCGAAUUCGUCUGAAGAAGAUGGAAGAUGAGAAGCAGUGGAGGCUCCAACACCCCAAGAGGGAUACCAGUAAGGUGGAGAAGCCUACCCCAGCAGCGAGUUCUGCAAGUGAUUAUAAUGGCUUCAGAGAGGAGGAGGUGCCAUCAACUCCAUGCGAGCGGCGUUCUUCAUUUCCUACACUCCUACAUCAAAAGUUGGAUAACGAUACAGAUUCUAGCAAGGGAAAGGCAUUUGAAAGAGAAUUAUCAACUUUGGGUCACUGCAACCGCCAGAAAAGGAGCAAUAAUAGAGCAUUCUUGCAAAAGGGGGCACAGAAAAGUCGAUCUUCAUCAAGACAAUUCUUUUUUCAGAGCCCUAGCGAGUUUUAUAGUGGUAAAGAUAAAAAGGAUCUCUCAAAUGGUGAUCAUAAAACCCAAGCUUCCAAUAACUCAGGUCGUCACAGUGAGGAAAACUUCUCCAGCAGCUUUGCGAAAAGGGAGGAGCCUUAUCAUCUGCGGAAUAGAACUAAGAAGAAUCAGACCAUUUUACUUGUGGACGAGGAGGAACCUGAGUUCAUGGACACCACAGAGCCAAUAGAAGAAAUUCCUGAGAGCAUGAAAGACUCUAGAAUCUAUUAUCCAUCAAGGGAAGAUCCACAUUCCGUUGAAAUUUGCUACACAGACACCAAGUGCCUUGAUCCUCAAAACUACUUAACAUCUGCGAUUAUGAAUUUCUACAUACGGUAUUUACACCAACACACAUCCCGUACAGACAGGCGAACAUGUGCGUUUCAUUUCUUCAAUACCUUUUUUUACAAUAAGCUCAAAGAUGCUGUAUCAGGAAAGGGAACCGACAAGGAUAACCGUUUUGUCAAGCUUAGAAGGUGGUGGAAGGGUGUUCAUUUGUUUCAGAAGGCUUACAUACUCAUUCCUAUUAAUGAAGACGUUCAUUGGAGUCUAGUCAUUAUCUGUAUCCCUGACAAGGAAGAAGAAUCAGGACCACUCGUUCUUCAUUUAGACUCAUUAGGACUCCACUGUAGCAAAUCAAUUUUUCGAAUUAUCAAAAGCUUUUUAGAAGAAGAGUGGUGCUAUCUGGAUCAAGAGGAUGAUAUUUCAGAUUUAACAGUUUCAGAGUGUUGGAAACGACUUCCUGAUCAUAUUGAAGAGAAAAGACUUGUGGUUCCACAACAGAAAAAUGACUAUGAUUGUGGUCUUUUUGUUCUCUUCUUCAUGGAACGCUUCAUAGAUGACGCCCCUGAAAGGCUGCAGAAGAAAGAUUUAGCAAUGUUUGGCAGGCAGUGGUUCCAACCUGUUGAGGCUUCUAGGCUGAGAAGUAAAAUACGGAAGUUACUCAAAGAAGAAUUUGAAAAUGCAUCCAAGGCUAACCGCUCUAAAGAAACUUCUCCUUUGAGUGAUGCUUCUGAAGAAAUAUGAAGAGACAGGAGACUUUCGGGAUCUGCAUACGGUUGGUGCAUAUGUCCAACCAGUCUAUCAGCCGUGUAAAUGAGCUCUUGAGUUUAGUAACUACAAAAUUUAGUCUGAUUUCCCAUACCAUGAUUAACAGUGAGUAGCAUUGCUCGGGCAAAGGCAUAGAUUUAGUCAUUUACAUUACUGACCAUUUUUGGUGAGUUAGAAUCCUACUUUAGGAUGAGGGCAUGAGGCUUCGAGUGUAUAGUAGGAAGCGAAAAUAGUGAUGGACUUUUCAAGGUAACGUUCACCAUGUACAUUGUAGCUGUUAAGUAGAGAUGCUUUCUAUAAAGUAAUUUCUACCGCU